AUGGAGGAGGCGAUGAGAUCAUGGGACACAAGAAAAGAAGAACAAGAAGAAGAGAAACAAGUGUUAAAGCUUCCAGGGUUUAGGUUUCAUCCAACCGAUGAAGAGCUUGUAGGGUUUUAUCUCUCUAAAAAAGUACUCCUCAAGAAAUCAAGCAAAAUCGAUGAGAUCAUCAGCCAAAUAGAUAUCUACAAAUUUGAUCCAUGGGAUCUUCCUCGCUCGAGGAAUACAGAGAAGGAGAGCUACUUCUUCUGCAGGAGAGGAAGGAAGUACAGAAACAGCAUAAGACCAAACCGAGUGACUGGUUCCGGUUUUUGGAAAGCCACGGGAAUCGAUAAGCCUGUCUAUUCUGAUGGUUCUAGCAAAGCCGUGAUAGGUCUAAAGAAGACAUUGGUUUAUUAUCUCGGAAGUGCUGGGAAAGGAAACAAGACAGAUUGGAUGAUGCACGAGUUUCGCCUCCCAACAGCCAAUGACACCAUCCCUGGUGGCUCCACUCUCCUUAACCCUACUCCUUCUUCCUUGCUACAUGCUGAAGUAUGGACGUUGUGCCGUAUAUUCAAGAGAAAUGUGUCUAGCAGAAAAUACACUCCGGACUGGAGAGAGUUAUCAGGUGGUAAACGCAUGAAGCCGCAACAAUCUAAGUACCAAGAAGCUUAUAUCAGUUUUGGUGACAAUGAUAGUAGUAGUAGUACCAAUAAUAUCAACGUUAUGGAACGCAAAGAGAAUUAUGAUAGGAACGUUUUCCAGCUUCACCAAACGCAUCAUCAACACCAGAUCAUUCCCAUGGACACAACUAGUACUACACAAGUCGAUAAUAAUACGGUUCCACAAUUCUCAAAUGACAACAUACACAAUAUAACGUACGAGAACUGGGACGAGCUACGAUCGGUUGUGGAAUUUGCUUACGGUCCUUCUUCUUUUAGUUAGAUGUCUUUAACCUGAUAAGUUGAUUAUUAGUAUAGUAUUUGGACCUUUUGUUGGAUGUUGCAAGGGACAAUACACUGAUCAGUGAUCAUCCGUUUACUGUUAUAUGUAUUUUAGUGUGUAUAUGGAUUUACCUGAUUAUAUAUAUACACAUACUGA